AUGGACAGAAGCAGAAGCAGUUGGGAAGGACAAGUGGGGGAGCUGACAACGGAGUUAGAGCGCCUGAGAGCAGUCAAUGUUGAAUGUAGUGAAGCUGCUGCAGAAGAGAGUUGUUUAGAGGUUGAUGAGGCUGCUGCGCUAGCGCUCACGGACAUGAGAGCUUUGACAACGCAGUCACAAGGUCAUGAGGCGCGUGUGGGCCCUGCACCGGCGAUUGUGGUGAAAUCCAUCUCAAAAAAGAAGCGGAGGGAAGACGAGAGACUGGAGGUCGUGAUCAAGGCGGAUGGUGGCAAGACGAAAGGCGCUGCCGCAUUGAAACGAGACUGGGAGGCCUACUGGUCUAAGGAACGUGAGCUGUUGAAGUCUACCUACGAAGACCGCCACUCAGUGAUCAAGCAUCCUGGCAGACCAAUUCACUGCAGAGGCUCUGGUUGUGCCAAGAAGACCACGUCGUUUUGCGGAGGGUGUCAGCUCGCGUUCUGCACGAACGGUGGCAAUUGCUGGGCUAGACAUCAUGAAUGGGGCUACCUGAAUUUCAUCAGAGGUGCGGAGGAGGAUGCCAAAGACGCGUUCGAAAGGAAAAAGCAGAAGCUGUAG